AACCCCUCGCAACACUUGCUGUGAUCCGCCAUUGUUCUCUCAUCCUCACCUUUAGCUCGCUUGAAGCUCAAGAAGGCCUGCUCGAUUGCUUCAGUUCUAAUGGAGGAGCAGGCAGUGAAGGUAGAGGUGGAGGUUCCGUCUUACUUCCUUUGCCCGAUUACGCUGGACGUCAUGCGCGACCCGGUCACGCUCCCCACCGGCAUCACCUACGACCGCCACGCCAUCCACCGCUGGCUCCGUCUCGCCGACGGCGCCACGUCGGCGACGUGCCCGCUCACCAAGCUGCCCGUCGCGCCCGACUGUGAGCCCACGCCCAAUCACACCCUGCGCCGCCUCAUCCACUCCUGGUGCGCGCGCAACCCCGGCGCCGCCGUCGACAGUAUCGAGCGCAUCUCGACACCUCCUGCAUCUGCGAACAUCGGGCCGCUGGUGUCCCGGCUUGCCGAUCCCAAGAAACCCGAGCGGGAGACCCUCGCCGCGCUGCGCGAGAUCAGGGACGUAGCGGCCGAGAGCGAGCCGGGCAGGGAGCUCGUCGCCGCGUUCCCCGGGGCGGCAGACGCGCUGUUCGCCGUCCUCGUCAGCACAUCAGCCCCGUCGGAGGCCGACAUGGCGCUCGACGCCAUCUCCUCGCUCCGGCUCGCCGAGCCGUGCCUCGUGCGCGCCGUCGAUAGGGACGGCAUGGCGCUCGUCGACGCGCUCGUGUCCAUGCUGCAGCGCGACGCCGACGCGGUGUCGCGGGCGCGCGCAGCGAUGCUUCUCGCGGACGUCACGGCGUGCAUGGCGACGAGCAGGGCGUCGUCCCUGCCUGAGCAGGUGUUUGUGGAGGCGGUGCGGCUGCUCCGCGACAACGACGGUGGCGCCUCGACCGCGGCGAUCAAGGCGGCGCUGCGCGUACUUGCCGGUGCCACAUCGUACGGCCGGAACCGGAUCAAGGCCGCGGAAGCCGGCGCGGUGGCGGCCCUCGUGGAAGUGCUGCUUGUCGAUGGCGGGCGGCGGCGCGCGUGGUGCGAGCUGGCGCUCUCCGCGCUCGACCGGUUGUGCGGGUGCGCGGACGGGCGGGCGGCGUUGGUGGCGCACGGCGCCGGGGUGGCUGCGGUGGGGGAGAUGGUGGUCGGAACGUCGGCGGCGGCGAGCGGGAAGGCCGUGCGGGUGCUGCGGUCGGUGGCGCGGCACGCGGCAACCGCGGAGGUGGUGCGCGAGAUGGUGGCGACUGGCGCGGUGACGAAGCUGUGCGCCGUGGCGGUCUCCCCGGAGACGCAGGAGAGGACAAGGGAGAGGGCGCAGGAGACGCUUCGGAUGCACGCCGAGGCAUGGCGGAGCUCGCCGUGCAUCCAUCCCAACCGCUACCCUUACUAGCCAGUUCAUGGUUCCACAUGCUCAUCGAAAAAAAUAUGCUCACCGCAAAAAAAGUUCUAACUGUUCCUUCUGAAAUCUGAAACAAAAAUAUGUUCUAGUACAAAGCUUCAGACAAAAACUAUUACGUGCCGGUUAAUUAUUUUCCAUCCUCGUUUCACUGGAUUCAUGAGUGAUGUUUCGUUCAAAAUAUAAUUUGUAAGAUAUCAAAAGAGGACAAGAUUAAGAUUGAUUUA